AAGACACAAAACGCCGCAGGAGGAUUGGCUGCUGUGCACAUUUUGUUUUCCAUUGGCUGCCCCCUGCUCUCUACUUUCAAUUUUAUAGUUAGGGCGCAGCAGAGAAGAGCUUGCGAUUGGUGCAAUCGGAAGAAGAGCCGACCAAUCACACGAGAGCUUCCACCGACAGCAGAGGGGACGUAACACACCUUCUUUCCUCUCCUGCUUCCCCUCCCCUUCUCUCCCGACUUCCCUUAUUCAUACUAGAAGCGCCUCAGCUCUGAUUGGCCGGGACACUGUGCUAUCUCAGCCAAUCACAAGCAAGGCUGUGCUCCUACACUAUCCGAAGAGCGAAUCAUGCAGAAACCGUGUCCACGAUUGGUCCCUCCCUGACAAGUAUUUAAUUUUGAAUUUUUCUUUAUGGCGUGGGAGAGGCUACAGCCCGGACUCCAUCGACUCCCCCGGCUCUUAGACUAAAACCAUGCCCAAGUUCAAACAACAAAGAAGAAAGCUAAAAGCCAAAGCCAAAAGAUUAUUGAAAAAAACAGAAGCCUCCCACAUUCAGUCCAAGCUAAUUACACCUCCUCCUCCACCACCCUCACCAGAAAGAGUCAUUAUUUCUUCAACAGAUGUAUCUCAAAUCAGAAGCUGGCUAAGAUCAUCCUGGAACUUCAAAUUUCCUAACAUCAGAGGUGCAAUAAAACUUUGGACAAAUAGAGUAUGGUCUAUAUACAGCUCGUGUCAGAACUGCAUAACUCAGAGUUUAGAAGUAUUGAAAGACACCAUCUUUCCAUCUCGUAUCUGCCACCGAGAACUUUACAGUCUAAAACAACAGCUUUGCAUUUUGGAAAGUAGAUUAUGCAAGCUCCAGGAAGCCCUGAAGACUAUCUCAGAAAGUUCUUCCUGUCCAAGCUGUGGUCAAACGUGUCACAUGGGUAAACUUACAAAUGUGCCUGCCUGUGUUCUAAUCACCCCCGAAGACUCCAAAGCUGUGCUUCCUCCCACACUGCCACAGCCAACCAGCCAUCUUCCUCCUCCACCUCCACCUCCUCCUCCUCCACCUCCACCACCUCCUCCACCACCACUAGCACCUGUGCUGCUCCGAAAACCCAGUCUCGCUAAAGUACUUCAGUUAAAGAUUAUACCAUCGCCGAAGGCACGGAAUCCACUAGUUACUGUCUCUGACUUGCAGCGUGUUACCCUGAGACCUAACUCCAAAAUAUUAUCAACUCGAGUUACAAAUUUCUUAAUCUCUAAGAUCCUUGUUGUCACUGCCCCAGUUUAUAACCAGUACAGUGAGUUGAGAACUCUGGAAAUGGAUAAACGUUGCAGGAGCCCAGGUGGAACCCCUCUUACCAAUAAAGAAAAUAUGGAAACAGGAACAGGACUGACUCCAGUAAUGACACAGGCCUUAAGGAGAAAAUUUCAGGUAACCCUUUAGGAAAAAAAUAUUGGUUCCUUUGGU